AUGGGCGAGAAGUUGGCUCUUUGGGAAGACAAAGGCCAGCUUGCCGUCCAGAACACUGCUCUGUCCAGCGCUUCUGCGGAGGAUAAGGCCAACAUUUCACGCUUGGAAAAGCUUCUUGCCACGCAAAAGGACCGCAUCAAAGGUCUUGAGCAAGUCGAUAAGGAGAGGGCGGACUUCUUUGACAGGUCAGAGCAGCUCUACCAGGAGCGGAUCAAAAUGUGCAAGAAGGCUGUCAAGGACGAGAAGCUCAGAUCGGAGGCGGAGUUGCUUGAUGCUGAGGAAGCGCGGGACAUGGUAGAGCGAUGGUUGCUGGAGAAGCAAGGAGAAUUUGGUGACGCACAGGAAAAAUCCAAGCUCUCGAGAUGGAGAUUGUGGAGCUGAAAGCGGCGCAGCACGGGGCAGUAUGGCUGCCCGAGCUGGUUCAUGGCGAGAUGGAAGCUAAUCAGAGUCUGCUGAGCGAGCUUGGCGAGGAUGUGAGUCUAGGCAUCAAUGCCGCGAGGCAUCCACCUGCCUAGCUGACUUUGCGGACUAGUUCUCCUAUCAGAACGUAUUCGACGAUCAGGAAGGGUUGGAAGACCGUCAGAAUGACCAGCAUCUCGAGCAAUUCCUUGACGGUCUCGCUUCCUGA